GUUUCUAUUUGUAUAGUGUAGCAGAAUGGACGAGGUCCUGGACACAAUUUUCCGCAAUUGCUGCAGUCUCGAAGCAUAUUCUCGCAAUGGCAAAAGUAGCUCUGAAGCCAGUUUCAGGACCGGGGUUGACUCGAUAGCACAGGUCGACCGUAGGUGGAGGCGACUCGCACAGCCGUUUCAGUACCAGUAUCUCAUCGUAGAGCCCAGGUCUAUGGAGAAGUUUGAAGCGCAGCCACCCACUGAACCCAACAGUCUGAUACAUGACGCCCACUGGAAGACCAACAUGGACCUGGCCAGAGCUGUAGGAGCAGCAGGGCACUUUUCUGGCCUAAUGCUCCAUAUCGACGUGCCGCUUUCAAGAAGCGUAUUUGCCUAUUUGGAAAGGCUGCGUAUUUCAAAGGAGGUCUGCUCCCAGAUCAAGUCGUUGAGGUUUGUGCUGGAUAUCGGCCAACAAUACAAGCAGCUAGCAGCGUCCUCGGGCGAGGACCCUCUUGAGAUGGAGUUGCAUCUUAAGGUGCUCUUUCCCAACCUGACAAGCAUUACUUCAAUUGCCAACACGGGUAUGGGCGCCGAUAUGUACUUUCCGAUGAGUCAGCUGGCAAAUGCAUUGUCAGAGAAUCUCAACAGCAUUCAGUUUUACGCGCACGUCACUGGCAUUUUCAGGGAACUGCCAUCUCCUGCCUUGAAACUGAAACACUUGAAGGUUUCCUCAGACUACAGACUAUUUGGCCAGAUUAUACCAAAAGUACACGUGUCAUCAUUAGUAUCGCUGGAGCUGACCAAUGUCGCCAGUGUUACGAUAUGGAGCCGGUUUGUAUGCAGAGAUCACACUGUGCCUCUGGUGUUUCUGUGCCUAAAGCGACUGGUUUUUGGAUAUAGAAGCAGCUGGUACGAGAGCUUCAACAUACAGCUUGGUGUGCCUAUACUCGGGCAAACACUCUUGACAAGCAACUCGUUCCCAGUACUGGAGUUCCUGGACUAUCGAUCACAUAGCGGGGACAUUGUCAAUAUGCUUGAUACUCUAAGCAGUGCACCCGUGCAGGUGGUUCACCUGACUGUAGAUUGCUGGGUCCGAGAGCAUCUUGACAUUAGCAGAUUCAAGGACGUCCGGGAGCUCAGUAUCAGAUUCGAUUCUAGCGCAUACUCACAUUACGACCGAGAUCUGUUUGUGUUCCUUUUCCAGCGUGUAUCUCAGAUGCCGCUCCUCCGCAAGGCUAAAUUCGAGUUCAAUCGACAUGGCCAGUGCUCUACCAAAGCUAGCAUUCACGAGGAGCUGUUUCGGUAUUUGAACUCUCCAAGUUUACGUGUUUUGAGCCUGAACGCCAGUGUAUCACCCACAGGCUUCAAUGAGCUUCUGCGAGGAACUCCGAAUCUAACAGAUUUGCGUAUCGGGAUAGAGUUCUUGGUUUCCGAAACUAUCGAGAAAUCAUCAAGUGGCCGGUUUCUGUUCGGCCAGUGGGUCUCACCAGUCAGUACAAGCCUGCAAGUUUUGGCCCUCAUCUCAGACUGGUCUAAUAUGCCAUAUUCCAAGCAGGAUGUGUACUUGAAGUCGCUAGCAGAGAGUCUGCCGAAUCUUUUGCACCUGGACAAGCUGCCUAUGGCCAGUGCCUCCAUUAGCGCGGAAGAACUGGAUGGGUACGGCGAAAAUCCGACCGCGCGGGUGUCGGGAGCCUUUUUGCAGUCGAGAAGCCGCUGGCGGUACUACCUAGGCAAUCCGCAAUAAACUUCUGAAAGGUGUGUGGUGGAGGUUACAUUGGAGGAUGGCACUAUAAGGCCUGUGGCCAUCGUGUGAGCUGGAUGCUUGAUUUUCUACCUUAUGCCGUGGCGGCGAUCUAUUAGGCACCAGCAUUUGUUGCCACCUGCA